GCUGCUGCGGGCUGCUUACCUGCUCCCACCUCCUGGAGCCCCGGCCCGGCCCCGCCACCCCUGCCCCUCCUCACUGCCCGCCCCCCGCCCGAACAGCGCUGGGCCAGGAGCCCAGAGGGCCAGGAGGCGGAGAGGAUGCAGUCGGCUGCAACUGUCCCGAGCGGUGGACGGUGAUCGCCUCCCCCGGAGGCGGAGUUGCCUAGACCGUUGCCACAUUUCUUUUUUUCCUCCCCACUCCACCCCCCGUAAUUACAUUGGCUGUUAGAGGGGACCGAGAGAGACGGAGGAGGCGCCUUGCUUCCCCCCUUGUGCCCGCCACCCCUGCUCUUUCCCGUCCCAGGCCAGGAUGACUGGAGUCUUUGACAGUCUGGUGGCUGAUAUGCACUCGACCCAGAUCACGGCCUCCAGCACGUACCACCAGCACCAGCAGCCCCCGAGCGGUGGCGGCGCUGGCCCCGGCGGCAACAACGGCAGCAGCCUCCACAAGCCCCAGGAAUCGCCCACCCUCCCGGUAUCCACAGCUACCGAUAGCAGCUACUACACCAACCAGCAGCACCCCGCGGGCGGCGGCGGUGGGGGCUCGCCCUACGCGCACAUGGGUUCCUACCAGUACCACGCCGGCGGCCUCAACAACGUCCCUUAUUCCGCCAAGAGUGGCUACGACCUGGGCUACACCGCCGCCUACACUUCCUACGCACCAUACGGGGCCAGUUCUUCCCCGGCCAACAACGAACCUGAGAAAGAGGACCUCGAGCCUGAAAUCCGGAUAGUGAACGGGAAGCCAAAGAAAGUCCGGAAACCCCGCACCAUCUACUCCAGUUUCCAACUGGCGGCUCUUCAGCGGCGUUUCCAAAAGACUCAAUACCUGGCACUGCCCGAGCGAGCCGAGCUGGCGGCGUCUCUGGGCCUCACCCAGACUCAGGUCAAAAUCUGGUUCCAGAACCGUCGAUCCAAGUUCAAGAAGAUGUGGAAAAGUGGUGAGAUACCCUCGGAGCAGCACCCUGGGGCCAGCGCCUCGCCUUCUUGUGCUUCGCCGCCGGUCUCGGCGCCGGCCUCCUGGGACUUCGGCGCGCCGCAGCGUAUGGGGGGCGGCCCGGGCAGCGGCGGCAGCGGCGCGGGUAGCUCGGGCUCCAGCCCGAGCAGCGCGGCCUCGGCUUUCCUGGGCAACUACCCGUGGUACCACCAGGCCUCGGGCUCCGCCUCACACCUGCAGGCGGCCCCGCCGCUGCUGCACCCCACGCAGACCCCGCAGCCGCACCACCACCAUCACCACCACCACCACCAUCACGGCGGCGGGAGCGCCCCGGUGAGCGCGGGAACAAUUUUCUAACCCGAGGGAGACUGCGCCAGAGACUGAGAGCAGACAUCCGUUAUCUCAGUGCUCGCAUCCAGCCAGGGGGUCCCUCCAGCAGGCCUGCCAACGCCACCCAUCCCUCCUGGAGGUUGCGGCCCGGGAUGGCCUGCCCCAGGCCCUGCUCCCCCGCACGGCCACCAAGAGGCCGGGAACUGAAAAGCUCCUCUCAGAGGCCCCUGGUUUGCGGCGUGGUGAAGGCCGCCGGCCGGGACCGCCUUUCCGAUCUGAGCCCCGCCUCAGAUUUUCCUCCCCUCCACUCCCCGCCAGGCAAAGCUGGCCGGCGCCUUCCUCGCCGCGGGCGGAGAGCUGAGGCCCGGACAGGGACGCCUCCCCCGCCCGCAAGGCUUCCUGGGCGAUCUGAGGCUCCUUUCUCUUCGCCCGCCCCCAGGCUCUGCGCAGUCCUCUUGGGUUAUUGACCUCCCGGGUCCUGCCUGCCUGCCCGCCCCCACACGCCUCCUUGACCCCGGCGGCCCGCCGCUUUUUUUCUGCUCUGCUGUUUCCAGCUUUUGGAGCCCCAUCCCUCCCCCACCUUAGCUCUCCCCUAGGAACGCUCCCUUAGCUCUCUCCUCGUCCAUCACCAGUGGAGUUUUUUUAUUUUUAUUUUUUUAAAAGUUUAGGUGCCUUUGCGGAUGACCUCAUUUUGAUGUUGGGGAAAAAAAAUGAUUUUUUAAUAUGUGGACACUGCAAAAAAAUGUGUUUAAAUUAUCUUUUUUAAAACCUAUUCAGGAUUAUUAGCCUGGACUUCGACAUAGUUUGUAAAUAAAGGUGUCUGUGCAGAUUUUCCCACUGAUUUAUUUGUAUAAAAUAUUCAUCUUUUCAGACUUUUUUGUAAACCCCACUUGUGAAAACUGCGAUUUAGCAGUGACCUCAGAAAACCCUCCGGUUUAUUUUUUCCUUAAAAUUUUUCUCAGUUAAACUAAGCUACUGAUUUGGAGUUUUAUCUUAUCCUAAAGUCUUUGUUCUUGAAAUUAAAGGUAUUUUGGGGUUAUUUAUUAUGAAAACAACAUGCUCUCAAUGUUGAUUUUACAAUAUGAAGAGAUUAUUUAAAUAAAUUAUUGUUUUCAUUGGA